AUGGCUUCAGAAAAGGAAAUCAAAAGAGAGAGAUUCUUGAGCGUUUUCCCUAAGAUUGUGGAAGAGUUGAAUGCAUCGCUCCUAGCUUACGGUAUGCCCAAAGAAGCAUGUGACUGGUAUGCUCACUCAUUGAACUACAACACCCCAGGUGGUAAGUUAAAUAGAGGGUUAUCUGUCGUGGACACUUAUGCCAUUCUAUCCAACAAGACUGUUGACCAAUUGGGCCAAGACGAAUACGAAAAGGUUGCCAUUCUGGGCUGGUGUAUUGAGUUGCUGCAAGCCUACUUCUUAGUCGCCGAUGACAUGAUGGACAAGUCCAUUACCAGAAGAGGCCAACCAUGUUGGUACAAGGUUCCUGAAGUCGGAGAAAUUGCCAUCAACGACGCUUUCAUGCUAGAGGCUGCCAUCUACAAGCUUUUGAAAUCGCAUUUCAGAAGCGAAAAAUAUUAUAUAGAUGUUACGGAACUGUUCCACGAAGUCACUUUUCAAACUGAAUUGGGCCAAUUGAUGGACUUAAUCACUGCGCCAGAAGACAAAGUCGACUUGAACAAGUUCUCCUUGAAAAAGCACUCCUUCAUAGUGACUUUCAAGACCGCUUACUAUUCCUUCUAUUUGCCUGUUGCCUUGGCCAUGUACGUCGCUGGCAUCACCGAUGAAAAAGACUUGCAACAAGCAAAGGAUGUCUUGAUUCCACUAGGUGAAUACUUCCAAAUUCAAGACGACUACUUGGAUUGUUUCGGUACUCCAGAACAAAUUGGUAAGAUCGGUACGGACAUCCAGGAUAACAAAUGUUCAUGGGUUAUUAACAAGGCCUUAGAACUUGCCUCUGCGGAGCAAAGAAAGACCUUGGACGAGAACUACGGUAAGAAGAACUCUGCCACAGAAGCCAAGUGUAAGCAGAUCUUCAAUGACUUGAAAAUCGACCAGUUAUACCAUGAAUACGAGGAAUCUAUCGCCAACGAUUUGAAAACAAAAAUUUCCCAGGUUGAUGAGUCUCGUGGUUUCAAAGGUGAUGUCUUGACUGCAUUUUUGAACAAGGUUUACAAAAGAAGCAAAUAA